AACCCCUCUGGCCGCCUUUAGAUUUUGGUUGUACGUAAUCUAUUUUAUUUUAUUUUACGAUUUCAACCACAACCACAAUCAAUCCAACCCACCUUGAACACUAGAAUAAAGUCCAUAUUCUAAUCAUACCCCUCCUCUCCUCCAAACCCACGAACAUACAUUGCGCUUGAUUGUGCGAAGUAUCAUACAUUCCUUUAAUAAAGAAUCUCGUCCUUUGCGACUCCGGUUUAUCGUCGUGAUUCACGUCGCGACAUAUCUUACCGUUGGAUCUCGUCGCAUAACAGCCUUGCCACUGGAAGUUCAACAAGAGAAUCUUCUAAACAAGAGCUUCUUCACAUCCUGAUAAUAAUAUAUCAGUGAGUGAUUGUUACGGCUCCGACUUUCGAUCAGUAUCAAGAUCUUCAAGUCAGUCAAAGACAUCAUCGUCGUCGAGCAGAAACUGUAGGGGAGACAUUGACUUGUUUAUCUCCCACAAACGGUACGGCUUUUAUUUACCUCGGCGGUUAUAAAACAAUUCUCAUAGCCACAUCUUCCCAUCCCCAAUCCCUUUUACUCUCCUACCUCAUCGACGGUUGCUUUCGAGUUACGCUUUUCAAAUAAAGAACGCUGUCUCGAACGCCUGUCGUACUCUAUUCACUCUCGGUCCUUCCGAUUCUUGAAUAGAACAUCUACUCUUAUCGCUGUACGAUUGCGAUCUAACAUCUACAUACAAAUAGAUCUGCUCUCGAUCCAAAACCAAUUCUUCUAAUAAAUAACAUCACCGUCACCAUGGACUCCAUUCAGACACAUCCAUCCAGUGCCGUCGAGGCUAAAGAGUUUGUCGCUAUGGGCUCACUUUCAUUUCCUGGCGGCGCUGCCGAUGUCACCCCACCCUCCGCUAACGAGGCUGUGGCUGGCAAGCAGCAAACUAUGCCUGCCGGUCCCACUACAACCUCACCACCUGCCACUCCCGCCACUACUCCCGCUGCCACCCAAGGUGUCAGUGGAAUCGUUCCCACGCUACAGUAUGUAUAACCCUUGUGCCUCUAUAUUUUCCAUGUGGCUUAUCUUGCAUGUAAAGAAAUAUCGUUGCCACAGUCAACUUAGACUGCCGUCUUGAUUUGAAGACCAUCGCACUACAUGCAAGAAACGCGGAGUACAAUCCAAAGGUGACUACUGAUUCUAGGCUUGCUAUGUAACCUUCGUUUUGCUAACCUACCCAGCGUUUCGCUGCGGUUAUUAUGCGUAUUCGCGAUCCCAAGACUACGGCUCUGAUAUUUGCAUCGGGAAAGAUGGUUGUUACUGGUGCAAAGUCCGAAGACGAUUCGAAAUUGGCAUCCCGCAAAUAUGCUCGUAUCAUUCAGAAGCUUGGGUUUAACGCAAAGUUUACCGAUUUCAAGAUCCAGAACAUCGUCGGUUCUUGCGAUAUCAAGUUCCCCAUUCGCUUGGAAGGACUUGCUUCGCGCCAUAUGAAUUUCAGCUCUUACGAGCCUGAAUUGUUCCCUGGUCUCAUUUACAGAAUGAUGAAGCCUAAGAUUGUUCUUUUGAUCUUCGUCAGUGGUAAGAUCGUCUUGACUGGCGCUAAAGUCCGUGAGGAAAUUUAUCAAGCUUUCGAGAUGAUCUACCCUGUGCUUCAAGGUAAUUAUUUACAAUACACACAUUGUAUAACAAUCGCUAACAUCGACCCAAGAUUUCAAAAAGGUCUGAUUCAGUUCAGGUGUACCACCAUUUCUCUUGUACAACAUUAUUUUACGAUCUUACGAAUAUUCACAUGCAUGGUAGGCGUAUCAAAGGGGGGGAAAAGAGUCAGAGAAGGGACUCAUACAUUUGUGCUUUUCAGCAUGUUUACGCGUUACUAGUCCUCAUAGACUGCGAAACAUUCUAUCACCUUCGACGGAUGGCAUUGGUGCGCAGGUCCUACGAUGCCGUCAUUAAUUGCUUCUUCCCUUUCCGAUAGAGCAAGUAUUCAAAAUGGCCUUAGUUGGUACAUUUUACAAUAAAUAAUAAAUGACAACAUUAGUCUA